AUGACCGCCGGUCCUGCGCUCGACUCGGCCGUUGGCCGCAGUCGCCAGGACUCAUUUGUCAGCGCUGGACCCAAGCCUAUCUCCAUGAUCAACCCGAACCGCGAUCAGCGUGUGCGACGAGAAAGCUUGGCUGGUAGCUUGAUGAACGGUAUGAGCUGGGGAGGAAACUCCGUCGGGAGCUUCAUUAGAGAUGACCUUGUAAUGACUGGUACUUCGCCGUAUACCGGCGCACACCAGUCGCCCUCGUUUCACUCCAACUCAUACAUCCCAAAGAUGGAGGCCGAGUACCUGCGCGACUUCAAGUGUUGCGACUUGGUGCUGGACACUAUGCACGAUCUUCUUCGUCAUUACGAGACUAUGCAUACCGGCCCAAAUGCCCAGCCGAAUCGAAAUGGAGCCAAUGUGCCGACGCCUAACAGGCUGAUGGUUAACAGCCGACCAUCUAUCUCGAUUGGAAAUGGACAGCAAGAUUCACAGGGCUUUUAUCACCAGAGCCCAUUAGGAUUUGGUCAGCCACCAAGAUCCGUAGCAGGCAACCACGGCUCCAAUUUAGGCUUUAGUGGUAUCCAGUUGGGGCGAUCGACGAGUGGGACACAGGACUCGAACAUGCAGAAGCGGGCCCAGCAGCUGAACCGCAUGCAGUCCAAUGACGAGAUGGAUGCUGUCGGUGAUAUGGAGCUGGAAGAUGCCGUCGGAGUAAUGGAGAUGGACGAUAGCCAGCGGACCAUUCAGCACACUCGCCAUGUAUUCGGGCAACAGCAGAGACCUCAGUUGCAGUUGAAUAGCUCCGGAUUGCAGCACCAAGCCCUUCGAACGUCACAGCCAUCCACGCCUGGCUCCUCAAAUUUUGGCUUCCAGAACAAUCCUACAGUCUCGUCAGUCAACACCCCAACCUUGACGACGCAGCAGCCCCCACUAGGACAACAAAUGGGCGGAAACAAAGAUGGAAUUGACAUGGACUUUUCCAACCUUAAUGACUUGAACCUUGGCAACCUUGGAGGUUUCGAUGCUACCAACCUCGCCGAAUUCUUUAUCGAUGACCCAGCCAAACGGCUUUUCAGCCCUAACGGGGGCCCUGCUAGCCAGCGAGCAUUGCAACAACAGAUGGCUCAGUUUGGAUUGGAUGCGAGCCAAUUUGGAAACAUUACGGAUCCAAAUCAUCUUGCAGCACUUCAACGUGCAAUUGCGAAUCCAGGAUCUUUAGUAAUGCCACCUGAGGAGGACAAGCCAUUCAAGUGUCCGGUCAUUGGAUGUGAGAAAGCUUACAAGAACCAGAACGGCUUGAAGUACCACAAGCAACAUGGCCAUCAAAACCAGCAGCUCCAUGAGAACGGAGAUGGUUCUUUCUCUAUUGUUAAUCCUGAGACAUCGGCUCCUUACCCAGGCGAGACCGGAAUGGAGAAGGAGAAGCCACACAAGUGCGAAUACUGCCACAAGCGUUACAAGAAUCUUAAUGGGCUCAAAUACCACAAGCAACAUUCGUCUGCUUGCGAGAUUCAAGCUCAGGCUGCUAAUAUCAGAGCUAAUCUUGCUAACGGUCAGAUGUCCUUCAUGGGCAACAUGAAUCACGGACUGCCUGGAAUCGGCGAAGAGAUGCAGUUAUAG